CCUCUCCUCUCCUCUCCUCUGUCUAUUUAAGCUCUCCCCAGACGCAUCAAUCUCCCCUCAGGAAAUUAACUCGCUCUCAUCAGCUACAAAAUUUCCUCUUCCAUUAUUAGAUUAUUAUAUUGCGCCGAGAGAGAGAGAGAGACUGCAUUAUUAUUAAUUGCUGUUGUUGUUAUUAUUAUCGCCAAUUAAGUAAGUAAGUAAGAGCGUGCGUGCGUGCGUGCAAGAUGGAGUUUGUUGAGGGUUAUUUGUGCGCGGAUGAGAAGAAGCAGAGGGACCCGUUGAACUGGGGCAGGGCGGCGGAGGCGAUGAGCGGGAGCCACCUGGAGGAGGUGAAGCGCAUGGUGGAGGAGUUCCGGAGGCCUCUGGUGAGGCUGGAGGGGGCGGAUCUGAAGAUCUCGCAGGUGGCGGCCGUGGCGAUGGGCGAUUUCGCCCAGGCCCAGGCCCAGGCCCAGCCCGUGCCGGUGCCGGUGCCGGUGCCCGUGCGGGUGGAGCUCUCCGAGGGGGCCAGGGACGCCGUGCGCGCCAGCAGCGACUGGGUCCUCGCCAGCAUGGACAAGGGCACCGACAGCUACGGCGUCACCACCGGCUUCGGCGCCACCUCCCACCGCAGGACCAAGCAAGGGGGAGCCCUCCAGAGGGAACUCAUCAGAUUCCUCAAUGCCGGAAUCUUCGGCUCCGGGCGGGAAUCAGGGCAGACGCUGCCGGCGUCGGCGACGAGGGCGGCGAUGCUCGUCCGGAUCAACACCUUGCUGCAGGGCUACUCCGGCAUCCGGUUCGAGAUCCUGGAGGCCAUCACCGCCCUCCUCAACUCCCGGGUCACGCCGUGCCUCCCCCUCCGCGGCACCAUCACGGCGUCGGGCGACCUCGUCCCCUUGUCCUACAUCGCCGGCAUCCUAACCGGGCGUCCCAACGCCAAGGCCGUCGGCCCCGACGGCGAGGCCGAGCUGAGCGCCGCCGAGGCCUUCGAGGUCGCCGGAAUCGGCGGCGGGUUCUUCGAGCUGCAGCCCAAGGAGGGACUCGCUCUGGUCAACGGCACCGCGGUGGGCUCGGGGCUGGCGUCCAUAGUCCUCUUCGAAGCCAACAUCCUCGCGGUGCUGUCGGAGGUGCUGUCGGCCGUGUUCUGCGAGGUCAUGCAGGGGAAGCCCGAGUUCACGGACCACCUGACCCACAAGCUGAAGCACCACCCGGGCCAGAUCGAGGCCGCCGCCAUCAUGGAGCACGUGCUCGAGGGCAGCUCCUACAUGAGGAUGGCCAAGAAGCUGCACGAGCUCGACCCGCUGCAGAAGCCCAAGCAGGACCGCUACGCCCUCCGCACGUCGCCCCAGUGGCUCGGCCCGCAGAUCGAGGUCAUCCGCUCGUCGACCAGGUCCAUCGAGCGCGAGAUCAACUCCGUCAACGACAACCCGCUCAUCGACGUCGCCAGGAACAAGGCGCUCCACGGCGGCAACUUCCAGGGCACCCCGAUCGGCGUCUCCAUGGACAACACCCGCCUCGCCCUCGCCGCGAUCGGGAAGCUCAUGUUCGCGCAGUUCUCCGAGCUCGUCAACGACUUCUACAACAACGGCCUGCCCUCCAACCUGUCCGGCGGCCGGAACCCCAGCCUGGACUACGGCUUCAAGGGCGCGGAGAUCGCCAUGGCGGCCUACUGCUCCGAGCUCCAGUUCCUCGGGAACCCGGUCACCAACCACGUGCAGAGCGCGGAGCAGCACAACCAGGACGUCAACUCGCUGGGCUUGAUCUCGGCCAGGAAGACCGCGGAGGCCGUGGAGAUCCUGAAGCUCAUGACCUCCACCUACUUGGUCGCGCUCUGCCAGGCCAUCGACCUCAGGCACCUGGAGGAGAAUCUGAAGUCCGCCGUCAAGAACGCGGUGGGCCAGGCGGCGAAGAGAGUUCUCACGGUGGGAGCCGGCGGAGAGCUCCACCCGGCGAGGUUCUGCGAGAAGGACUUGAUCAAAGUCGUCGACCGCGACCACGUCUUCGCGUACGCGGACGACCCCUGCAGCUCGACGUACCCCCUGAUGCAGAAGCUCAGGCAGGUGCUCGUCGAGCAGGCGCUGGGCAACGGCGAGAAGGAGAAGGACCCGAACAAUUCCAUCUUCCAAAAGAUUGCCGCUUUCGAAGAGGAGCUCAAGGCCCAGCUGCCGAAAGAAGUCGAGGCUGCGAGGGUGGCAUUCGAGAACGGCACGUCGGCGAUCCCGAACAGGAUCCAGGAGUGCAGGUCUUAUCCGCUGUACAGGUUCGUUAGGGAGGAGCUCGGAGCCGGGUACCUAACCGGGGAGAAGGUGCGGUCGCCGGGAGAGGAGUUCAACAAGGUGUUCAAUGCCAUUUGCAAGGGCAAGGCGAUUGAUCCCAUGCUCGAGUGCUUGAAGGAGUGGAAUGGAGCGCCGCUGCCGCUGUGUUAGAGUCUCGAUUAUUCUUCUCUUCUCUUCUCUUCUCUUCUCUUCUCUCCUUUCUGAAUUUGUAUUGUAUUCUCAGUCGCUUGUUAAGGUAAAGGACCCCCUGCAGAUAAAACAUGUGGUCUGUCAAACCUUGUAAGUCUUUUGUAGUGUUUCUUUCUUCAGUUUCAGCCCAUCUGUCUAAUUUGUCAGUAGUAAUAUUUAUUUGGUAAUAAAGUUAUCUUUACCUGUC